CAAGCAUCCCUGCAAGAAGCUUGUCUACUUCGAUACUUCAUUGAGGAGAUUUCGCCCUGGUUCGAUCAUUGCGAUCAUCUCAGGCACUUUCGAUUGGAAGUCCCUCGGCGAGCACGGCACUGCUCGACCCUGCGAAACGCUAUUUUUGCUGUGUCGGCACGGCAUCUCGUACGCCUUCCCCAGUACAAAACCCCGCGGGGAUUCGUGUACCAUGGACAAUUACUCUCCGGUAUGGAAGAUGCCACCGCGGUUGAAUACACACUUAAGUGUAUACCCGACCUUGUCAAGUUUCCCGACGUAUCGGACCCAAUCAAUCAAGAAAAUAUUAUGGUCGCUGCAGUCAUCCUUCGCCAGUAUGAGGAGAUGGAGGAAGACAUGGACGACGACGGGCCUGCGGAGACUGCCGCCAAGAACCGAGUCAACUUUCUAGCCAUCACUCAGACAAUCAUCGAGUCCAUGAUGUCACAUCGCCUUGAACAGUCGCUGGCGACGGCAGCAUACUGGAUCGCCAUCAGACAGGAGGUAUACUACGCGCUAACGAGACAACGUGCACCGAUCAUGCAGUUCCAACCCCAGGACUGGAGGAGAGCAUCGGUCGCAAAUAAGUUCAUCAUGCUCGCUAGCGAGGUCACGAAGUGGUUCUGGGAAGACCGAUCGAUCGAUGAAUGGGAGCGGCUUGUGCGGUGUGAGCGGCAACUGGUGGACGCGUGUCGAAGCGAACUCGUGCCUAUCCUCGAAAAGCAAGCGGAGAAGCUGCAGGGCAGGAUUUUUCCAACCAUCUGGUAUAGCUCUGAGGAUCAGGUAACGGCCAGCCAGCACCUGGAGCUAUCUAGAAUGAUUUUGACUGCCGAGAGUCCGCACCUUGAGAACGCAAACCGGGCGGCACAUCGCAGGACGGAAUCCCUAGUCCGCUCCAUGGUUUUGAAGAUCUGUGGCAUUGCUUUGAAUCACAUCGAUUGCAAACCGGCUCUGGUCAAUGGUGUCAUUGCUGUGACUUUAUACGGGGAGUACUUCACGGAGGCUGAAGAACGAGAUGCUUUGGUGACAGAAAUCAUCCAUCGAGCUCAAGAAUUAAACGCAUGGCCGAUGCAAAAGCGGCAUGAGCGACUAAAACAGCGAUGGCGCUCCAUGGACGGAUAA